UUCACACAUGAAUGUACUUACAGCACAAUCACAAAUCCUUUAUAUGCCUGUGUUGUUCUUUUGUUUUUACCUUUCUCAAUCCCUACUUUUGCCAUAAAUUUUCUGUUAUGGAAUGAGUACUUUUGAAGACAAAAAAAAAAGAAAGAAAUGUUCUAAUUUAGAUAAUAGUUCAGUAAACAAGGAAAAUACACACAAAAAGAUACAGCAGAAACAAUACAAAAGGAAUAUAAAACAAAGUCUCACACUCAUCAAGACAACAAAUGUAUAAAGACCAUCUCAAACUUCCAGAAGUCCAUAGGAACAUUAUUAGCUACUCUGUAAAAGAAAGAAGAAAAGAAUGGUAGUAUUUUGGGGUAUCUAGUUUGAUGGGGGUGGUGAGAAGAAAGGAAUAGUUGGCAUUGUAGUUGGGAUGGUGGGCAGUGAAGUUGCAGGCAGGGGCGGCAGAGUCAGUGGAGGAACAGUGGGCAUGGUUGGCAAUGUUGGGUUUGGCAAAGAUGAUGGAAUUUGGGUGCUUGGCAGUGGUGGCAAUGUGGGCAUUGUUGGCAAGGUUGGGAUUGUCGGCAUUGUUGGCAAUGUGGGCAUUGUGGGCAAUGGAGGCAAUGUGACCUUUGGCAGUGAUGGAAUUGCAGGCACUGUUUGGAGAAGGUUGCGAGCUGCCAAACUCAUCUGGAUGCUUGAAAGUGAAAGCACCAUGAACACAGAUAGAACCAAACUAUAUUGAAAAGCAGCCAUUGUUUGAUAGGACUUGGGAGUAGUAGUACUCUGAAUAUUGGUUGAUGUUACUUUGAGGACUUUUUC